GUGCCCUAAAGCAACAGCACUGGCACCAAGCUGGCAAACAGGAAGAAUGAAAGAAAGAAAUGGCAUAUUCUGCCCAGAGGAGAAUAGUGGAGAGGAAAGGAUCACAGUUCAACAUCACCUGAUUCCAUAGUCGGGGACCUGGGUGUCAGAAACGGAAUGGGCCACAACGAAGAUGACCCUCGGGAUGGUCGGCGAUGGUGGUAGACUGGAUGUCCUGAACAUCCAGGGCCUGCCGGGUGCCGAGGAUCUGUGGAUAUGACUGUGACUGCAGCAGUGGAAGGAUACGCUUUGGAGAGCGGAAAGGUCCCGAGAGGAUGACGCAGACCCAUGGGAAGAACGCGCCAGAAGCCUAGCAGUGGCCGGAGAGCCGUCCUGAAGGCGUGAGGAGCCCAGGUCCACAGUAAGGGCAUGGCCAAACCUUUUUUCAGACCACAGAAGUUUCUUCGGAGGACCCAGUUCCUGCUUUUCUUCCUCACGGCAGCUUACCUAAUGGCUGGCAGCCUCCUUCUCCUCCAGCGCUCCCGCCUGACUCUCCAACCAGGAUUCCGUGGGGCGUCCGGCAACCAGGCCCAGCCCGCCGUGGAUGUGUUGGCGGGGACCGGAAAUGCCGAGAUAAGGCCGGUGCAAAAUCCCCCGUGGACUCCCAAACUGUUAGAGGACGUGGAUGGGCUCCGUGGACCGACCUCGGACCAGCGGUAUGGGCCGCGGUGGCUGCUGUCCAGAAACUCCGAACUGAGGCAGUUACGACGGCGGUGGUUUCUCCGGUUCGUGAACGAGCAAGAGCCGAUGCAAAGCGCAGGGGCCAAAGUCGCGAGGCACCUGACAUCGGAAAACAAAGGGACUUAUCUUGGAUGUUUCAGUGAUGAUUCCAGAGAGAGGACGAUGAAAGGUGCCGUGUUUUAUGAUCUCAGGAAGAUGACGAUUUCUCACUGCCAGGAGGCUUGUGCCGAGAGAGCUUAUACCUACGCUGGCUUGGAAUCUGGAGCGGAAUGCUACUGCGGAAACAAGCUGCCCGUGACGGCGGCCAAGGAAGAAGAGUGUAACAAUGAAUGCAAAGGCGAGAAAGGGACCCUUUGUGGAGGCAUCAACCGGAUCUCUGUCUACCGGGUGGAGGAACCACAGGCCGGUCCAAAACGACGGCGAAAUGUUAUCUAUCGAGGAUGUUUUAAAGCACCAGAAAAUUUAACAAACACCUUUCCUGCCUCUUUGAUACAUUCCAAUCUGACAGUAGAAAUGUGCUCAGAAUUUUGCUCCGCGAAGGAAUUCCCGUUGGCAGUGAUGGGCGGACCUCAGUGCCACUGCGGUUUCCCGACGGUUCAUUUCCCUCUACACAAAUGCUCGGACAGGUCGUUCUGCAGCCGGACCCACAACGUCAGCACCGCAGAGAAAGUGUUAAAGGGGGGUGACUUCCGGUUCGUCUACCAAACUCCGGUCCAAGACACCCGUUGUACUGACCGGAGGUUUCUGCCCACCAAAUCCAAAGCCUUCGUUGCUUUGUCAAGCUUCCCUGGAGCGGGAAAUACCUGGGUUCGUCACUUAAUAGAACACGCCACCGGAUUCUACACGGGAAGUUACUACUUUGAUGGAACCCUUUAUAACAAAGGUUUCAAAGGGGAAAAAGAUCACUGGAGAAGCAGGAGGACGAUCUGCGUCAAAACGCACGAGAGCGGCAGGAAGGAGAUUGAAACGUUCGAUUCUGCCAUCUUAUUGAUACGGAACCCCUACAAGUCUCUCGUGGCAGAAUUCAAUCGGAAGUGUGCUGGCCACCUGGGAUAUGCCACGGAUCGGAACUGGAAAAGCAAAGAGUGGCCGGAUUUUGUCAACAGCUACGCCUCAUGGUGGGCGUCCCAUGUGCUUGACUGGCUCCGGUACGGCAAACGCCUCCUCAUCGUGCACUACGAAGACCUGAAGCGAACGUUGCUGCCCAAGCUGAGGGACAUUGUCGGGUUCCUGAACGUGACCGUGACGGAGGACAGGCUGCUGUGCGUCGAGAAUAACCGAGAGGGGAAUUUCAAGCGGCCCGGAGCCCGGUGGCCGGAUACUUUCGAACCCUUCACCCAGGAAAUGAAGGAUUUGAUCAGCAAAUAUAUCCUGACUGUGGACAGCGCGCUAAGAGAGAGAAACUUUGUGGGGCUGCCAGAGGAGUAUUUGCCCAGAUGAUGCCCCCCCCCCGUGGUCGGCGAGCUACAUUUUCAAGGAAGUGACAGAUCUCGGUUGGAGGAUGCCCCAUGGCCCGAGACACGCCUUUGUAGGAGAAACGGUCCUGGUGAAAUGAAGGUUCGAGGCCACCGUUUUAUAGCCGCCAAAGGCCAGCUCCGUGCAGGGUCGGCUGAGGGAGGAAACCCCCCCCGCGCCUUGGACGCUCUUCAGGGGUGCUCGGUGCGGCCAAUGGCAAGCCGUGAAGGUGGAUGGAAACGGGGUAGACCCCCCCCCCAAGGCAAAAGCCACGUGCGUCGCGGCCAGCCUGUGUGUCCUUUUCUCUAUAAAUGGCUACCAAUUUUAACACUUUUGUGCACUUUCUAAUUCUGGGACGUGGGGGAGGUUCCUCCGUCUCACCCUAACCGACACCUAGUGAGAUUUUUGCGAGAUGAUCGAGAAAAUUUAUAGCCAACUUGGCAAUUCGGAUAUGUGCGUUCUUUCCGGGGUUGGGGGAGGUUGUUAAGUUUAUUUUGAACUCACCCUGAUUAAUAUCUUUAGCUAAGCAGUUUGAUGGGGGGAAAUGUCUUCUCUCCUCCCCCCCCUUUUAAACCAGGAGCUCUCUUGUCCUCUCUCUCUUUGGGGACAUAGAAAGGUUUCUUGUUGAGGAGAUCUUGUGUCAAGUCUUUAACUAUGUUUAAUUUAAAAUACAGUCCUUGCAUCUCUUGAGACAUAGUUAUUGUUGCCAUGUGCCUAUUGUUGCCAUGUGGCAUGAAUGAACAGCCUCCAGAAAGCUCCUGUCUUCAACAGCUCUAGUGAACUCAGGCUUGUGGCUUACUUUAGGGUAUUGGUCCAUCUCGUAUUUGGGUCUUCCUCUUUUCCUGCUGCCUUCCGCCUUUCCCAGAAUGAUGGUCUUUCUCAGAGAAUCCAGACAUAAAGCCCAUUCAAUUGAAUAGAACUUACUCCCGGUUUACUAUUCCCCUCAUAGAGUUGUGCCCCGGGAAAGGACAUCCGUGGUCCAUUCGCCUGGUCUCUACGUGAUGCAGAAAAUCUACAACUAAAUCCAGAGAUUAACCAAAAGUGUCAAUUUAACUUUAUCCAGCAGUCGACAGAGAGGAGCCUGUGCAUGGAUUUAGGGCAAAACCAUUCCUGUCAUCACAUAUUUUUUAUCUCAGGGUUUUUGAUUUCUUCCGUUCAGCCAGAAAUCAACACCAAGAUGGAGUGAAAAGCCCAUUUUGUGGUGGCAGCCACAAAUUCUUUGAAAGCCACCUGUCCGGUUUAGGAGGCAAAAACGGCUGCGAGGCUUCCCAGCUGAACUGAGGUCAUGACGUGGACGACCGGGUGGCAGGAGGGGUGGCUCAGGGUCCCGUUUUUCGUCGGAUCCUUUUAAACCUCCUUACUGCCUGUGGUUAGAAGCAAAACGUCCACUUUCAGUGGCAGUCUACCUCAGAAAGCACCAGACUCAGUCAAACACAGCCUCUGGCCCCAUGUUUUCAAGCUCUUUAUUCAGGGAUGGGAAAAUUCAUCCGCUUCACUACAGGGUCCUCAUAUUUUACCAAGCGCAGGGUUCUUCCACCCAGUUUCCAUAUCAGCUUGCAUU